AUGGCAGAGGACGCAGAUAUGCGCAAUGAGCUGUCCGAUAUGCAGCAACGUGCCGACCAGCUGGCUGAUGAGUCACUGGAGAGUACCCGGCGUAUGCUGCAGCUGGUGGAAGAGAGCAAAGAUGCUGGCAUCAGGACUCUGGUUAUGCUGGAUGAGCAGGGAGAGCAACUCGAUCGUGUUGAAGAUGGCAUGAACCAUAUCAACCAAGACAUGAAGGAAGCCGAGAAAAAUUUAAAAGAUUUAGGGAAAUGCUGUGGGCUUUUCAUAUGUCCGUGUAACAAGAUGAAGAGUGGAGGCAGUAAGGCUUGGGGGAACAACCAGGAUGGGGUGGUAGCCAGCCAACCUGCCCGCGUGGUGGAUGAGCGUGAACAGAUGGCCAUCAGUGGAGGCUUCAUCCGCAGGGUAACAGAUGAUGCCCGGGAAAAUGAGAUGGAUGAGAAUCUUGAGCAGGUGGGAGGCAUCAUUGGUAACCUGCGCCACAUGGCCCUGGACAUGGGUAAUGAGAUCGACACCCAGAACCGCCAGAUCGACAGGAUCAUGGAGAAGGCUGAUUCCAACAAGACCAGGAUUGAUGAGGCCAACCAGCGUGCCACAAAGAUGCUGGGCAGUGGCUAA